ACACUAAAACGUUUACGUAUCAAUUAAUGAAACAAGAAUUCGUUCUAGCAACAAAAUGUCCAAAGCCAUUUUAAUUUUCCUCGUUAUCAUUUGCAUUUCUGGUAUCCUUCCCGGAUGUCACUCGAAACUCAGAUGUUCUAAAGCACGUGCUAAAGAUGAUGAUUCCCAUGAACAUCACAAAGUUCACAGCAGAAAUAGUGACGACCACACCCACAGCCGCAAAAAAAGAGAAUUGGUCGCUACAAACGAUAAUGAACCCAGUGCCAAUAUCAUCGACGUUGAUUACUCCGACCUCACAGACGAUGCUCACGAUGCCGGCAAUCGUUUGAAAACAAGAGAUAAUGACGAUGCCGACGCGGAUAUCGACCUCGAACGUGACUACAUCUACACACAAUGAGAUGAUAAUUAAAUAUGAAGAUGUUCUUUUUCUCCAUAUUUUAAGGCUCCGCUAUAUUGGCCUACGUAUAUAUACCAUUCAUCUGGCGUAACACAACUAAUAUCCGUUUUUUUUUAUUGUGAACCAAUCUUAAAUUGUUUUUUUUUUUUUGGACUUCCACUGUUUUCAUUCUAAGUUUUAUUAAUCUGCUUUUAGUUUAAUAGCUUAAAUUUUGUAUUUGAAUAAAUAACAUUUUCUUGCUACCUA